UCACUCGAUUGUGUAAAAUUAGCCAAAAUAUAGGACUCUCUGCAUGUCACAUUACGGCACUACAAAAAGAGGUGAACAUGAUAUUGGGAAAAAAUAGCAGCGGAUUGGGAUAGGUAGAAGAAACGCAUACAUCCAUUUGGGAACCCUUUCGUGAACGCGAAAAGGAAAAGAAGAAAAAAAAAAAAAAAAAAACGUAGAUCACUUUGCUCCCAUUUACUGCGUCACGAAGGGGCACACUCUACACGCAAGUUUUUUGUGCUAACAUAUUUGAGGAUUAUUAUAUGUGCAUAUUAACUGCAUGAGCAUCUUUUAAGAACACGUAAUACAAUAUAGAGAACCUCUCCUUACAUAUUUUCGGCGUGACAACAAAAGCAAACAUCCACAAAUUUUAUUUAAACAUAUACGCUACCCAAGUUGGAAAUAAAAAUUACUUCACAGAAAAUAUAAUUUUUUUUUUUUCCCCCUUGUAUACAUAAUCAGUCGCACAAAAUGGCGGAUAGAAAAUCAAACAAGAAUGCAGUUGUCAAGAAUGUAGAUAUGACGGAAGAAAUGCAAAUUGAUGCCAUCGAUUGUGCCAACCAGGCUUUGCAAAAAUAUAAUGUCGAAAAGGAUAUUGCAGCCCAUAUAAAAAAAGAAUUUGACAGAAAAUAUGACCCAACAUGGCACUGCGUAGUGGGCAGAAACUUCGGGUCUUAUGUUACACACGAAACUAAGAAUUUUAUUUAUUUUUACAUUGGACAAGUAGCUAUACUGCUGUUUAAGUCGGGCUAA